AUGAUAGCCAAGGGCGACAGCGAGGACGAGGAGAAGGCCCACGAGGAGGAGCCCAACAACGACAAGGACGAGAAUGACGAGAGCUACCUGACUCCUAUCGACGAGCAAGGCGCCGUCAUCAGCACGGACGACUGUUGCAUGAACACCGAAUUGGAAACGGUGAUGGUGACGAACCUGGUUAUGGUUCAGAAACCCGAGGACCUGGUAGCGUCGAUCACGGUCGUGCACAGGGGGUCGAGCGAAUAUGUCAAUUCAGCGGUGGAGUUCUACGUAUACGUGUGGGGCUCAGAAGACAUCAUGCUCAAAGGUGACCAGGAGGCAUCGCUGCAGGCGGUGAUCAUGGCGGUCAAGAACAGGAGGGAGUACAGCACGCAGGUGGAGAAGUCGCCGAAAGGUUCUCACCAGAGUAAUGGGACGAUCGAGAAUGCCGUGGAGCGCGUGGAGCCUUUACUACGGACACUACACACCGAGCUGGAGUUCAACCUGAAGGUGAAGAUAGGUCCCAAAAGCUUAAUCAUGCCCUGGCUGGUUAGACACGUGGAGUUCUUGCUUACGAGGUUUGCGAUCAAGACGGACGGCAGGACAGCAUGGGAACGACUGGGACGAGCAAAGUACAAAUCGGAGUUGGGCAAGAUCGGAGAGACGAUAGACUACAAGAUCCAAGCGAAGGACUACCCGAAGUUGGAGCCGAGGUGGAGUGAAGGGCUUUUCCUUGGCAGGCGUGACGAGAAUGACGAGAUCAUCGUAGGGACUGUCCGCGGGAUCGAACAUGCCAGGACGAUGAAGCUGAGGAGCGCUGAGGACACAUAUAGCAAGGAGAUGUACAACACGUUAAUCGGUGUACCGUGGAAUUCGAGAGGCCUGGAGGUGAAGGACCAGAACGAGGUAGUGCGACGAUGGAGGUACAUCACGAAGUCGUUGAUCGAGGAGCAUGGUCCAACAGAUGGCUGUGUAGCAUGCGAGGGUACCUCGGCUAUCCACAACGCGAGGUGCAGGACGAGGUUCGCCAAGAUCUUUGACGAGGCCGAGCCGAGGAUAGGGAUGGCGAUUCCAGCGAACCCAGAUCAAGCCGCAGGGUACAAGAACCGACGCUAA